CCUGGGAGGUCACUCGAGCGGUCACUCCGGGUGACACCAAAAGUGACACCCAAAGUGACAUCACCCAAAGUGUCACCCAAAGUGACACCAAAAGUGACACCGAAAGUGACACCCAAAGUGACGUCACCCAAAGGGACACCCAAAGUGACACCCAAAGUGACGUCACCCAAAGUGACACCCAAAGUGACGUCACCCAAAGUGACACCAAAAGUGACACCAAAAGUGACGUCACCCAAAGUGACACCACCCAAAGUGACACCCAAAGUGACACCAAAAGUGACGUCACCCAAAGUGACACCCAAAGUGACACUCAAAGUGACACCAAAAGUGACGUCACCCAAAGUGACACCCAAAGUGACGUCACCCAAAGUGACACCCAAAGUGACGUCACUCAAAGUGACACCCAAAGUGACACCCAAAGUGUCACCCAAAGUGACACCAAAAGUGACACCCAAAGGGACACCCAAAGUGACGUCACCCAAAGUGACACCCAAAGUGACACCCAAAGUGACGUCACCCAAAGUGACAUCAAAAGUGACGUCACCCAAAGGGACAUCCAAAGUGACACCCAAAGUGACGUCACCCAAAGUGACACCCAAAGUGACACCCAAAGUGACGUCACCCAAAGUGACACCCAAAGUGACGUCACCCAAAGUGACACCCAAAGUGACGUCACCCAAAGGGACACCCAAAGGGACGUCACCCAAAGUGACGUCACCCAAAGUGUCAACCGAAGUGACACCAAAAGUGACACCCAAAGUGACACCCAAAGUGAUGUCACCCAAAGUGACACCCAAAGUGAUGUCACCCGAAGUGUCACCCAAAGGGACACCCAAAGUGACGUCACCCAAAGUGACACCAAAAGUGACACCCAAAGUGACGUCACCCAAAGUGACACCCAAAGUGUCACCCAAAGUGACACCCAAAGUGACACCCAAAGUGACGUCACCCAAAGUGACACCCAAAGUGACGUCACCCAAAGUGUCACCCGAAGUGUCACCGGAAGUGUCACCCGAAGUGUCACCAAAAGUGACGUCACCAAAAGUGUCACCGGAAGUGUCACCCGCGGUGUCACCGUGGGCGUGGCCACCCCCGGAGUGGCCGCCUGGAGCUCCGGCCACCGGCGAGCGGCCGAUGGCACCUUCGGGCGCAGCGCGGGGCUGA